UAGAGUGGGUGGGGAUCUGUGGUUGCAUCAUCUCGGCUGAUGUGUCUCGUUUUAGCAAUCCAAGGACGACUUGUAUCUCAGGGAGUGCAUAGGCUAUGCCGGUGGCUCUGCGGGGGAGAUGGAGGCUUUGAUUGCUCUCGGCAACACUGCUCUUAAACUUUCCCCUGGGAUUUGAUCAUAGCGUGGGGUGAGAGUAGGGACCAAUGUCUGAUGCAGUGGAGGAGUUGUGCAAGCGUUGUGUCUCGGUGUCCUGGCCGUUGGGCUCGUUGCUCAGAGCCAGCGGGUGCCUGAGAUUUCCACGCUUGGUGCUGAGCCUGUGAGCGGAGGAAUUUUAUAGCUUAUGACAUUUUUCUUGGGAAUCUAUCAAACUGUUACUUGGGGAAGAGGACUUUAGACAGGAUAAUCUCUGCUAGUAAACGGCUGUGAGGCAGAAGGCAGAUAACAGUCUGGUGCUCUUCGGAGCCAAUGUUGUGAAAUUUUAACUUUCUAAAGGGAAACUGUUCUGUGACUCGUGUGGAUCUUGUAUUUGUGCUGGUGCUUGGUUGUCUUUUUUCCCCUCUCCCCUCCUCUCAAAUGACCAAAAAUCUUUGGGCUGGGGGGCAAGAACUCCUGCUCCCCAUUUCCUAAGAAGAAUGGUGGCCUCUGCAGAAGUCUUGGCUCUUUAAUUAAAAGGAGCCCUUCUGAUCAGUGCUCUGAGAGCUGUCCUGCAUGAGAUACCCAAGGGCAUCUUGAUGUUUGCUCGACGGUUGUCUCCCUCUGGAAACACGAGCUCCAGUUCCCAGCCCUGCUGGAGUGCAGAACUGGGAAUGGACCAGGAAUGAGACGAUGCUUUAACAGUACAGUGCCGUGGACAGCAACCCCCUGUCUCUGUACGUCAUGCAUCCGUUCUGGAACACGAUAGUGAAGAUCUUCCCUACCUGGCUGGCCCCAAAUCUGAUAACGUUUUCUGGCUUCCUGCUGCUUGUCUUCAACUUCUUCCUCAUGGCAUACUUCGACCCUGACUUUUAUGCUUCUGCUCCUGACCACCAGCACGUUCCAAGUGGAGUGUGGGUUGUUGUGGGUCUCCUCAACUUCAUCGCCUAUACGUUAGAUGGUGUUGAUGGGAAACAAGCUCGCCGGACCAACUCCAGCACACCACUGGGAGAGCUCUUUGAUCAUGGCCUGGACAGCUGGGCAUGCGUGUACUUUGUUGUGACAGUCUACUCCACCUUUGGACGGGGCUCCACGGGCGUCAGUGUCUUCGUUCUGUACCUCCUCUUAUGGGUGGUCUUGUUUUCAUUCAUCCUCUCUCACUGGGAGAAAUAUAACACAGGGAUUCUCUUCCUGCCUUGGGGAUAUGACAUCAGCCAGGUGACCAUUUCAAUUGUCUACAUAGUGACAGCCAUUGUGGGAGUUGAGGCCUGGUAUGCACCUUUCCUGUUUAAUUUCUUAUAUAGAGACCUAUUCACUGCAAUGAUUAUUGCUUGUGCGCUCACUGUGACGCUGCCAAUGAGUCUGUAUAACUUCUACAAGGCCUAUAAAAAUAACACCUUGAAGCACCACUCCGUGUAUGAAAUCACGCUACCACUGGUGUCCCCAGUGUUGCUCUUUGUGCUCUGCACCACUUGGAUCUUUGUGUCACCGACAGACAUCCUGGAGGUCCAUCCCAGGCUCUUCUAUUUCAUGGUUGGAACAGCCUUCGCCAACAUUUCUUGCCAGCUAAUUGUCUGUCAGAUGAGCAGCACGCGCUGCCAGCCUUUGAACUGGAUGCUGAUCCCCAUAGCAGUGGUGCUCUUUGUGGUGAUGUCUGGACUCGCACCAAACAGUGAAACACUUCUGCUCUACUUGUUAACUACUCUUCUCACCCUGGCGCACAUCCACUACGGAGUAAUAGUGGUGAGCCAGCUGAGCAGGCACUUCAAUAUACGGCCUUUCUCACUAAAGAAGCCCACAACGGAUUGACUAGGAGUGGAAGAAGAGAAAAUCAGCUUGCAGUCUGCAGAAGUACUGUAAAUAACUGCUGCAAAUACCUGUAAAUACUUCAACCAUCACCACAGAUCUAAACCUAUCCUCUGGACAGACAUCAGGGCAAAGUACGCAUGGUUUCCAGUGCAGCCAGGGCAGGACUGGUACAGGACGGCCCCCGCUGCUGUGUGAACACAAGCCUACAGUUAUUUGGUGAAACUGGACAAGGAGGGUAGCCUUUCAGGUCUCUAUUACUGUAUAUUAGACCAGCUGAAUGUUCCCAGUGAAACCUCAGAUUUCAGCUCUUGCUCAGAUAAAGCUGGUCAGGGACGCAGGUGACUUUACCUGAGCAAAGCACCUCACCCUGCCACCAAAAACGGCAGAGCAAUUUCUGCAAGGUCAGAAGAACAUCCUGUUGGUAGGGGGAUUCCUCUCUGUCCCUGAUCCUGUUAGACAAACGUUGUCCUGCGCCAGUACUUAAGGAAGAGCUGGUGACAGUUCUCCCAUUCUGUCCUGCCUUCCUGCACUCGCCUAUUCAGGCAAAUACAUGCAACUUCUUAAGAAUAAUUUCUAGCAGUAUUCCACUUGGGAGGCUUGGGAAUCAGGACUCAGUCUCAUUUAAAAGUGGGAAGGCAGCUUCCCCCUCCCCUGAUCCACCUGUGGGUACCUAGGACCAUGUCUCGACACUGUUCUUGUCUGUCCAUGUGUGUUCCCUGACUGGCAUUUGGGGUGUGGGCUCCAAUUGGCAGUGGUUGGGGCAAAAAGUGGCUUAAAACAGCCUCUGUAACAUAGAGCCAAACUCCUUCUUCGUACCAGUAUGAACUUGCUGUUCAAGGUCAACUCCGUUGGGUCACUAUAUGCUGCCUGGACCUCUUGUUUUGUAGCAUUACAGCCAGGCCCACUCUGCGCAUAGCCCUUCCCACUAGACCAUCAGCAGCAAAUCCACAGCUUAGAAAAGCACCUUAAUAAAUGUGUUGGUGGUUUAUGUGUUCACUUUCAGAAAGCUCACAGGUGUGUGGUGGGGUCCUUUUCAAUUACCACUUUAUUUUCAGUACCAUUGUCCCCAACAGCUGCAUGUCUCAUCCAGGGAUAUAUUUGUUUACUGUCCAUUUGUAAAAGGCAUGUUUUCAUUGAUUUUUAUCUUUUGAUUUUUUUUCAAUUGAGUUGAGUGGGGUGGUGAAGACUGAAUGCUGAUUUUCUUUUUUUAUUGUUCACUUUAUUUAAUGAAGAUUUGUGCUUGAAUGAAGAGUGUAGCUUAAACCCAGGCUCUGGAAAGGCUGCAUCCGGAAGCGAACAAGCACAGCAGAUUGUUCAUAUGUAAUUUACCAUGGGAACAAAGUUGCUUAUACUGAUUAUUGUGCAACGUGGUUUGUAGAAGCUUGGCCACAGAAUUUUCCUUCUGCAGGUGAAGAAUCUUCCUGCUGUGGGAAACCUUCAAACUGUAACUACUAUUUAACGCUUUUUCUUUUGUAAAUUUGAAUCAUUGUCAUGCAGACUACGAGACUUGAAAUCUUGAAUUUUGGUUCAUGGCAUUCACUGUACGUGGAGCACGACUGCUCUGUGUGUUGUCACGUGUGAAAUCAUGGUCGCUUGGUCACGGUGCGCCCUGCGAGGAGAGAACGGGAACGUUCAUCUGCGCUAACAUCGCGGGGAGGGCUUGGCGUGGAAACGUGGGACUAAAUGUCUGUGUUCAUGUGUCUGUAAGGCUAUGUGUCUGGAAAAGGGUGUCUAAUCUGAGAGAGGGGGCAAAUGGUUUUCAGAGUUUAUUUAAUAAAGUAGCUUAUUCUGUAUAUUUUACUGACAUUGUACAGAAAAAAGAACCAAGUGUACAGAGGAAUUGGGCUGUGCUUGAAUUUUGACUCUUGCUAUUUAAUGAAAUAGAAUUAUGAGGGAGAUUUAAAUCACAGUUGCACAAGAACUACAGGGAACUUUGAAACGGGACACAACAGUUUUAUACAUGGAACGUGUUCAGGUAGGACAAGUGCGCUAGCAGCGCUGACACAAAGUGGAGGUUGGAUGAUUUCUCUCUGGUUGGGUGUUUGCAGGACCAGGGAAUGACUGAGCUGCUCCCUCAACUUUUCAGUUGAGUUCUGGGGUCCCAAGGCUGGAGCUUGUGUUGUCCUGUGUCUUCUCCUUAGCGCUGCUGGGCCCUAGGGACUGGGCCAGUGCUAAUGCUGUGAGAAGAUGUCUGAUCUUAAAUCUUGGGAUGUCACUUUGUCUCCCUAACGCACAGUUUGUCUGUUGUCUCACCUACCUGUGGGCUUAUGCUCUUUGGUAACAUGUAGAAAUAUAUCCUGAAAAAAAGCCCUUUGUUUCUGAAAGUUAACAUGUUAAACAUAAGCAGGAUUCUUCUCUAAAAUCCUGCAAAUAUUUGUCAAGCUGUGAGACAAAGACAUCUCUCUAAAUCUAGAACCACUUCCUAUCUACACAGGCUUCAUCUUUGGAGAGUCCUGGAUUUUGGUGCCUUAAUUUAUUGCACCUUCAAGCUAGAAAAAUAUCUACUAAAAACCAGUGCUGGAAAACAGGCUUGCUUGUCUCUAGUGCUGCUUAUCACAAGGCGGGCUUGUGGCAAAGCCAGGUGAGAGCAGACCCGGAUCUCGGUGCACAUCCGAGACCGUUUCUGACACGUUCUGCUGCAAAGCUGUGUGGAUUUCUGUUUGGGCUAUUUUAAACUGAAUGACUGCUUCUCACAGGUUCUGGGGGAAUGGAAAUACUUGAACAGAAAGACCAAACUGAUUUUGCCAUGAUGGGGUGUGGCAUGCUGAGAAACAAACUAUUUAUUAAUAAUAAUGGUUUUGUUUUAAGUCUUAAGAAUAAACUUAUUCCUUUCUCACUAACACUAUCUGAGGGUAAUUGUAUUAUGGCAGUACUUAAUUGCCUUGCUGGUUAGACUCUGUGUUCAGAUCUUCUCUUUCUGUUAAUGGACAGUCCUUUUGGCAUGAUGGUGCUCUCCUGGGAAUGGACAGAAUCAUGUUCAGAUUUGGUAAUAUAUGCACUCAACCUUUUACUUUUUUUUUAUCAUGUAUCUGAGAGCUGGUCUGUGUUGUCUCUUCUUCCAGGCGUAGUUUUAAUCAUACUUUCUUAAUGACUGAAGGACCUGCUGAGCUGAUAGUGAAGCUGUUUUAUGCUUUCCUAAAUCUGUUCAGUACCGCACGUUUUGUCUCUAUCCAGAAUAUUGCCAGGACUAGCUCUGGGGAAUGGAGUUGAGGGCUACAGUCCUUCAGGACCCUGACCUUGGCUAGAGGAGCCAAUGCAUGUUGUGCGGCUCCUGUGCCGCUGAGUCCUGCUGCCGGCAUGCCCGUCCCUCUCCUUGGGCUCCAGCCAUGUCCUAGCACCGUGGAAAGAGGUGGCCAGCGCUGCCAGCUGCUCCUGUUUCUUACAGCACUGUGGCUGGUCCUUUGACCUGAAGCAGGUCUUCUUGGAAGCCUGGGACACCUUAGCCAGUGUCAGUGCAGGAAUCCUGUAGCCGAGGUGGAGAGGCAGCCUCGCUUCCAGGCUGAGUUAAUCCAUCCCUUUUUUUAACUCGGUUUUGUGGUACGUAUCUGCAGCUCCUGCCUCUGAGCUGAUCGAGGAACCCAGCUCAGGAAUUAACAGGAGGGGCCAAAGCUGAAGGCGAAGUGUAGGUUUUGGGACCUCUUAGAGCUUGGGUAAAAGUGGCUGUCACGCUACCAACAUCCUAUAAGUACAAAUACCAUAGUUGACCUGUGGGCUUACAAAUGUAGGAAAAUCAAGCACUUAAGUAUUGUGGUUUUAGUUGAUUCCUUUCCCACAAUGUGCCUGCACUGCAAUUAGCUUCUCUUUUCUGUGCUCAGUCACUACAGGAUCUUGGUAACGGUCUCUCCUGGCUCUUAAACGUCAGUAAUCUAGUAACGGCAGCUUUGCCAGAGCCGCGGGAGCAGAAUGUUAAAAGCAUGCGCUUCUAAGGCUCUUGAAACAUAUAUUUAAGCUCCUUAAAUAGAGCUGGCCUGAUGUUACUUUUCAGGAGCAUCGAGUACCUGCGGUUUCUAGUCUGAGAGCUGUUUUGAUCUGUGCUUCUGAAUAACAGGUCAGUUCUAGCAAGGCCCCUAAAUUCUUAUCCUUUGAGAGCAUUUGUACCUGCUUGUAAUAGACCUGGAAAGUCUCCUCUAGAGAAUUGUUGUUUUUGAAACAGAUUUUUUUUAUAUAUACUCUAUUGCAUCCAGUUGCUUUGUGUGAAAGUGCAAGCAGUCAGCUGGAGCUCUGGUGCUCUUAGCUCGUGGCAAAACUGCACAGGGGUUUUGUAUCCUUUUCAAACUUGCAUUUAGGUCACUUGGCUGAAACAGUGUCUUGUUUACAGUUGUCCCUUUUUUGCUUAGCUUGCAUCACUUACCUGGAAAGUGGGAAUUCUUGUUGUGUGCUGAAGGAUCCCUUCCCUUACGCACCCCCAUUCCAAAAUCUUAGUGCAGUGUCAGUCUUGCUUAGGUGCUGUGGGUCAGCGGGGUUGAUUGACCCGAGAUGGAGCCUAAAGCUCGCUUGCACUCUGCCUCUCUAACACAGAUCUGCAACCCUGGCACGGAGUUGCAGCUUUGAGCAUCUCGCUUGCCUUACCCGCCUGUUCUACCUCAGUGCUGCGUCGGAGCGAUGGCCGAGGCGACGUGGAGGCUGCUCAGUGCUGGCCUGGGCCGUGGUGAAGACGGACACUGCACUAACCUCCCACUUAUGGAAAAGGUCUCUGUUAGUCUGUAGACGAUCCUUUGGCCCAGCCAGGUGUGGUCAGCAUCACCUGGUGCUCUUAGCCCCAUGCAGCAGGGAAGGGAAGAGGAAAGCACUGCUCAGCCUGCAGGGGCGGAGGACCUCCAAGCCCAGGAGAGCCCCUGGGAGAGCUGUGGCUGUGCUGGUGACAUUCCAGCAAGAAGCUCACUAGUAUUUCCUUUUUUUAAUCGGUGGUGGCCUCGUUCAAAGAUGCGAACUUGCCUUGUUUAGUCUGCCAGGACCUUUGGUAGCUGUUGGUUUGGUAUAGUUACUUUUGGGCUUAAGAAAAAGAAAAAAGGAAAAAAAAAACCCUACAAGGUACCACUUGCUGAGGCAUUUCCAGUGGUCCUGGCUGGGCAAGCCCCCCCGAUGCCUGGGGGAGCAAGUAUUCAAUGCCCUGUCUGGCUGGAAGCACCUCUGGGCUGGCCUCCAAGGAGGUGUUCAGAGGAUUGCAGCCCUCAAUGACACUUGCUGCAAAACCAUCCCAGAAGGUGCCAUUGUGUCUCGGCAAAUGGCAUCCACAGCGGCUGUUUGAUAACAGUGGGUCAAGAUUUGGGCCCUCCUUAGUCAAAAUCUUACCUCCCCUGUGCAGGGAGACUUGCUUGGUACUGUUUCCUGAGCUUUUAGCUGAAAUAUGUUCUGGUUUUAGUAGUGAUUAAUGUUUUUGCUAGUUGCCAGCCCUGUCUGGAAGGGGAAGGUUAUUCAUGCAAGGAUAUUCUCAGCCCAGGUCUCCUUUUGAGUGAGCACUGUACCAAAGCCUCUUUUCCAGUUGUAACUCUAUAACUGAAGGCAAAGCAAACCUGUGGAAGGGCUCCAUGGGGUGAACAGGGAUGAAAGACCUCACAAGUGAGUCAUUAACUGGACCUGUUGCUGUUUACAGCCUGGCCUAAUCUUGCAGACCUGGUGUUGGGUAGGGACAGGGUUGGCUGUUGGGUAGGGACAGCGUUGGCCGGCUGUUGCUGCUAGCAGGCUCUGUCCGCUGUCCCUUCCCGCGGUCUGGGGGACUGUAAAACAGCAGGGACAAAGAAGCACUUGGUCCUUGUGUUGGCUUGGUUCUGUCCCUUCCCCACUGAGCCUUUCUGAGAUGCUGGCGCUAGCAGGGCAGCGGCAUGGCUUGGGCACCGCGUCGCGGGGUGGUAGGUGCUGUACAGGGAGGCUGCGGCCGGACUCUCCCCACCGCUGUAUGUCCAAAGAGCUGCCACUUCUGCACAGCACCAAGGAAGCCAAGCGAGCCUGGGUGCUGGGCUGGGACCAGCUCAUCUGCUUCCCUUGUAAAGCACCGAUCAAACGAGCAGCCCUAGCCGUGAGCGGUUCUCAGCACUGCUGCGUUCGCAGAGGCUCCCGAUGGCUUCACCAGAGUCGUCCUGGCGCUGGGAGUUUAGGUACUGAAGUGGGUUUGAAUUCCAGCCUGUUAAAUGCUAUUACUGAAAUAUUUAUUGUGUAAAAACAAAAAUCUAUUAAAGUUCACUAAAGAAUAAAAUUUUCCAAGCCUUUUAA